AUGCUCGAUGACCCAACCUCGCCCCCUAUCCUCCACAAACUCAAUAAAACUGCCUACACCCUCUCCCCUGAACACGUGACGCUGAAGGACGGCACCCCAGCCACCAUCCUCCCCUUCACCUCGCUCUCGCAGGUACCCCGCACACUCGUAGCGUUCCUGCACGGGCAGCUAACCGCAGAGAUCGAAGGGGGCGACACGUACCCGAUGAUGGACGCGCUGCCCCUGGAGGAGUUCGGAGCGUACUGGUUCGGGACCUUUGGAGCUGUGAUGCUGCGAGGCUCCGUGACCAGCGUGGACGAGGUCGUCGCGCCGCAAGCCGCCUGGGACGCGCUUUGUCUCGGCAGCUUCUACACCAAGCCAAACUACCCCGGCCGCAGCAGCCAUGUCUGCAAUGCGGGCUUCUUGGUUGUCCGCGCUGCGCGCAACAAGGGCGUUGGGAGGCUGCUCGGUAGCCAGUAUUUGGUCUGGGCGCCGCUGCUGGGGUUUACGUAUUCGGUGUUCAAUCUCGUGUACGAGACGAACGAGGCGUCGACGCGCAUCUGGGACUCGUUGGGCUUUGAGAGGAUUGGGCGGGUGAAGAAGUGCGGUGUCCUGAAGAGCUAUCCCGGGAGGAAGGUGGAUGCGAUUGUGUACGGGUAUGAUUUCGAGGCGGAGUCGACGGGCUGA